AUGGCUACGGUGCUGCUAAACCCAGAAAGUACAGUUCGUUUGUCGCAGUUGAUUGCCAGUAAAGGAUACCCUGUCGAAGAAUACGAGGUGUCCACCACCGAUGGAUAUGUUCUGGGAAUUCAACGCAUCCCACGAGGACGAAACGAGAGUGGUCGCCCAAGUGAGCGCCGCAAAACGCCCGUCUUUCUUCAACACGGACUGUUGGCGUCGUCCACUGAUUAUGUUCUCAAUUUUCCCGAACAAAGUUUGGGUUUCCUUCUUGCGGAUGCCGGGUACGAUGUCUGGUUGGGAAAUAACCGAGGAACCAGAUACACGAGGCACAAGUGGCUAACGCGUUUUGAGAAAGAGUUCUGGGAUUUUAGUGCAGAUGAAUUGAGCACAAUUGAUCUACCUGCAAUGCUGGAUUUUGUUUUGAAGAAAACGGGACAAAAACGUUUGCAUUACGUGGGGUGGUCCCAAGGUGCAUUAAUGAUGUUUGCCCUUCUGUCCGAAAAGCCUGCUUACAACGGAAAGAUCAACCUUUUUAGUGCCAUUGGACCUGUGCCGUAUAUUGGGCAUACAUGGUCUCCAAUCAGGCUCCUCGUUCCUUUUUCAAAUUUGAUUGCGUGGCAGCUGGGACUUUUCGGAGCAGACAUCACGAUGAACACUGGCAUUCUAAAUAUGCUCGGCAAAAACCUCUGCCCCACUCCUUCGUUUAGACUGAUCUGCAAUACACCUCUUAUGUUAAUGGCCGAUAUCAACGAUAAUCAAAUGAACCACAUAAAACCUCCGAGCUAUUCACUGGCACGUACGAAGGUUCCCGUUGCCAUCUACUGGAGCCAAAAUGACUGGCUUGCCUCAGAGACGGACGUUCGUCACCUGCGAGACGAUCUUCCUAACGUUGUGUCCUUCUACAAAGUGCCUGAUCCGCAAUUCACGCAUAUUGACUUCGGAUGGGGCUGUAACGCAACAAAGAUUCUUUACGAGCCAAUGAUCAAGGAGAUGAAAAAAUAUGGGCAUUAA